AUGGAAUAUCCCAAGACAAACAAAGCACUUCGCUUUUCAUCCAUCGGAGAAGAUCUGAAAGUGGUCGAGAUCGAUGUUCCCCCGCUUCUCUCAACAGAGAUUUUGGUGAAGGUUCAUGCGGCAUCGAUUAACCCCGUUGACAUCCAACUAUGGAGAUCAGGAAUCAUAGGCGUAGUUUCAGGUCAGAAAGGAAUGGGACGAGAUUUCUCUGGCACCGUUGUUUCGGUAGGAAGCAGUGUCCAAGGGUGGACUGCAGGUGAUGAAAUAUUUGGACUGCUUUUCCACGUGUUUGGCGAAGGAACAUUCAGUCAGUACAUCAGAGUCAACCCUUCGUCUGAUCCCGUUGCCAAGAAGCCGACUGGCUUCACGCACGAACAGGCAGCUUCAGUGCCAUUAGUGGCGUUGACUGCCUUCUCUUGCCUGGAUUGGUUACCGACCGUGCAGCAAUCACCAAGGCGGGUUGUCGUGAGAGGAGCGGCAGGUGGGACGGGUUCCUGGAUUGUUCAACUAGCAAAAGCCGUUUAUGACUGCCAUGUUACGGCCAUAUGUUCGGGACGAAAUGCGAAGUAUGUCUCUGGACUUGGUGCGGACGAGGUGAUCGACUACACGAAGGAAGAUGUAUCUGCCACACUUAGGCCACAAAUCCUGAACCUCAGAGGAGCAUAUGUAACCAUCGUCGGCGACAAAACAAAUGUCAAAUCUCUCGGGGGGCCAAUUACAUACCUAACAAGCCCUGCCCAGAUACUACGCUUCAUCAAGGGCUGGGUAUUCGGCCCACGGUAUGCCUGCGUGUCGCUCUAUUCCAAAUCUGAUCUUCUGGAACAAGUUGCUCGCCUUGCGGACAGGGGCGAGGUCCAGGCGGAGGUGCAAGAGGUGAUAGAAGGUGCAUUCGAUGAGAGGGAAGCGUGGCGGAAGGCAGUGCAGAUGAUGGAGGAGAAGAGAGUCCGAGGCAAAGUGACCCUGGCUAUUCUAUGA